AUGGCUCCCGUGUCCGCCCUCGCCAAGUACAAGCUGGUUUUCCUCGGGGAUCAGUCCGUGGGGAAGACCAGCAUCAUCACUCGCUUCAUGUACGACAAGUUCGACAACACGUAUCAGGUAAUUGGUCUGAUCCUCGAGUAUGAUCUCCCUGCCGUGGGGGGUGGGUGGAUUAUCUCUCGCGGGUGUUCAUAUCCUCUCUGGCAUGUCAAGAUCUGGCUUGCUUACUUGCUUCUGUGGCCGAUCUGUUUGAUUCUUGUUGAACAUUUGUGUCUCUCUUGUUGCGAUGUUUGGUAAUCUACCUGUUUUUUUUAAUCUUAUAACUCAAUAUUGUUAGACGACGCUUUUGAUAUUUCCCUCCUCUUUCAAUUCACCGAUCUAUUCCUUAAAACCGCGUAAUUACGUUUGAUCCUAUCCUCAUGCCAUCAAUUUUCUUCGGCUUCAUCAUUUUUUCACGAUCUGAGAGGCUAUACCUGGCACAACCAUUAUGUUACCUUCUUCUGUCCACUUAACAAUAGUAGUAAGGCAGUAGCUGUUGGAAGCCGACUUAGUUGCAUUGAUUUAUAUUUAUAUUCUUUUAUAUUUUACGCGAGGAGCUGUCCUAUAUUCUGAAAUUUCUUUCUGAAUCUCAUCGAAUCCUCAAAUAAUGGAAAAGUUCUAUCCUUUUGAAAUACGUUAAUGCUCGUGUAGUUUUUUUUGCUAGUGCGAUUUAUAUAUUAUUCCCGAAAUAUUUUAAUCAAUUUAACCCACUGCUGAUUCUCAAUCUGGUUGAGAUUUUCAUUUUACCGUGUCUCAGAGAAGCAAGAUAAUUUAAAACGAAUGGAUGAUCAGUUCAAAGAGAGACCAAUAGAGACAAUAUUUCCGUGAAAUAUGACGAAUUUUCAGGUAGUUAAGGCCUCCCACAUGAAUAAAAAUAGGAAUAGAUGAGGAAUUCCCCCAUCAAUCAUUCCACAAACGAAAAUUAAAAGAAAGGAUAGUAAACACUCCGUGAUCUGUUAUAGUCCUCUCAAAAUCAUUGCCUGCAGGAGAAUCCAGUUGUUUCCUCUCCAAUCUGCUUAACUUCUUUGGUUAUUCAAAAGUUUCUGUACUUGACCAUUCAUAUAGUUACCAAGAGAACAGGUCUUCUUUUUUAAAAUUUUCACAUCUUUUCUCACUCUGAUAGUGUAAAUAUCAUCUAAAAUAAAGUAGGAUUUAUCCUUCAUUGGUUAAAAAAUGCAAACUAAUAACCCAGGUAGUGGUGCUCAUAUUUUUGUUUCCUCAGAUUUCCAUUUCUCUUCUCCUCCAUAGUAGUGAGUUCCUGCUGUUCUUUAUCUCCCACGUCAGUCUGCUAUGAUUAUAUGAAAUAUGGCUAUCACAGUCUCAUUUUCAUCGGUUUUCCUGGAUAUAUAUAUUUAUUUUUUCCAUCAUUCCCAGGACUUUGGAUAUGCUCUUUCCUUGCCACCAGCCGAAUCUUAAUGUCCAUUGCCAGUGCUCAUUAUUCUUCUCGGAGCUUCAUGGACCAUGGACCAUGGCCCAUGGUUUUCUUGUUUCCAUGUUCCAAGUUCGUAUCAUCUCCACUACUCUCCUAAUAUCCAUUAGUCUGUGGUAUGGACUAUUAAUAUGCUCACGAGGGGCUUUUUUUGAAAGUACAUACCCAGUAGGAAGAAACUAACUUGAUAUGAAUGCGUACAUUUUCUUUCAUCAUGCCACAUAUAUUUCACGUAAAGCUAUUCAUGACUCUACGACAAAAAUAUUAACUGUGUUACGGCAGAUUGCAUCGAAGAAUGAUGAUGACAGGUUGAAAUUUCAGCCCCUAUAUCUUUCUUCGUGCCUCAUUCUGUAAUCUAUCAGUAACGUGGCUAGUGAUAUUAGCAUCAUAUGUUAAUAAUAAUUAACAGAAGGGUGUGUCGUAUUCGUCUUUUGUACUAUUCGGAUAGUAAUUAGAUUGUUUUGUUUUUCGUGAAUUCUUCCUUUUCUGCUGUUCAUGUUGCUUUUUUUGUUCCGUGUGCAUUGAUGCAUCAGUACGUCAUGUUGUCUAUGUUGAAUCUCUUUCUUUGGUAUAAAAAGCUUUCUUAAUUUAAUUCUAGUUGCCAACCAUUCUUCCUUCGACCUGCAGGCUACCAUUGGCAUUGACUUUCUAUCAAAGACAAUGUACCUUGAGGAUAGAACUGUGAGACUACAGCUCUGGUACAGCGUCGUUCGGAAACCAUACUCUGAUACAAUCACUUGCUAUGUCUCGAUUUUGGAUGGUCCACAAUGUGACUUCGUUCUUGUAUGCUAUAAACAGUGCUCUUCCGAUUAUAUCAGUAAGGGAAAGAACUAUGUCUCUUUCGAUUGUUAGGAAUGUAUUAUGCCCACUAUAAAACAUGGGCGCAUCCUACACACUUUUAUUUUGUAAAUAACUAGUUCUAUCUUGCAUGCUUUUAAAUAAAUCUGCGAGGAAACAUACAUACUAAAUAAUAGGUCUGUUGCCGGAGUUCUCCUGUCAAGCUUAGGUUGACUUACCUUAUCUGGUAAUAGAUGUUUCCUAAAGUAUAUCAUCCACCUAGGUCGGUAACUGGCAGUCAGGCCGUCUCUGGGAGACUGGAUCUCUGCAUCAGACGGAUCCCAAAUGGCCGAUGGUUCUUAGCCCGAUGCACAGAUAUUUUCAAAUUCAUAAUACAUGAUGAAAUUACUUGUAGGAUGAUGUCCGCAUACUUUAGCUAGAAAUAUAUGGCCCAUCUUGGUAAACUUGUUUCAUCUUCCUCUGUGAUCAUGCGUGAUGAUGUUGUUGUUUUUAGUAACUUUUUAUUUGUUUCAGGGACACAGCAGGACAGGAGAGGUUUAGGAGCCUCAUUCCUAGCUACAUCAGGGACUCUUCCGUCGCUGUCAUCGUCUACGACGUUGCAAGUAAGAUGAUUUUUUUUAUUAUUAUUCUUUUUGCUCAAGAACAUUAAUAUUUAUUGAAUAAAAGUUGGAAAAUAUUUAUUGCGCAUCAAUUCAAAACCAAUCUUUGUGUCCAGAAUGUAAAGUAGUACAUCUUCCAUUGCAAGUAAGAUGAGUUUAUUUUAUUUUAUUUGCUCAAGAACAUUAAUAUUUAUUGAAUAAAAGGUUCGAAAUAUAUUGAGCAUCAAUGCAAAACAAAAAAAAUUGUCCAGAAUGUAAAGUAGUACAUCUUCCGUUGCAAAUAAGAUUUAUAUAUAUAUAUAUAGCAUGAACAUCAAUAUUUAUUAAAUAAAAGCUUGGAAAUACAUGCUGCGCAUCAAUUCAAUACAAUUUUUUUGUCCAGAAUGGCAGGAAGUACAUCUUUUCAGUUGCAAGUAAGAUUUAUUUAUUUUUUUAGCUCAAGAACAUAAAUAUUUAUUGAAUAAAAGGUUCGAAAUAUUAAUUGGGCAUCCAGUUAAAACAAUUAUUUUUGCCCAGAAUGCAAAAUGGUGCAUCUUCUAUCCACACUCUGGAUGAAAGUAGAUAAAUCCCCCAAAACGUAUUCCCUGCAAGCAUGGAAUCAAGUCAACGUAUUCUUCCAAUCUUUCAUCGUCGUGCAAGAUCCAGGUGUUUCUUUGACCAUUUUUUUUUUUUUGCCUUUUUAUUUUUAUUUUUCUCCCCUUUCUUCAUAUAGGUCGACAAUCGUUCCUGAACACUUUGAAGUGGAUCGAGGAGGUUCGCACUGAGAGGGGCAGUGACGUCAUCAUCGUCCUGGUCGGGAACAAAACGGACCUUGUGGACAAGAGGUAAACACACGAGUUGACUAUGGGAGAUCGUGGCCCAACUUUUCCCGCCGUCCAGUCAUUUCGCCCGCCAUGAUUUAUUUUUCGCUGAUUUAUUUUUUUUAAUCACCCAAAUCACAAUGCGGCGAACAUAUUAUGAUUAAAAAGAUUAGGAAAAAUGGGCAGAAUAACGGGCUGAAGCGCAUAUCUUGAUGGAACAGGCAAGUCUCCAUCGAGGAGGGAGAGGCCAAGGCACGGGAUCUCGGCGUGAUGUUCAUCGAGACGAGCGCAAAAGCCGGAUUCAACAUAAAGGUAAGAAAGACACCCACCCUGCUCCUCUCUCUCCCUCUCUAUUUCGCUCGCUCGCUCGCUCGCUCGCUCCCUCGUUCUCUCUCAUUGGUGGCGCCGCCCGUCUCUGCAGGCCCUCUUCCGCAAGAUCGCGGCGGCGCUGCCGGGCAUGGAGACGCUCUCCUCGACUAAGCAGGAGGACAUGGUGGACGUGAACCUCAAGACGACCAGCGCCAACUCGGCCCAGUCGCAGCCGCAGUCCGGGGGCUGCAGCUGCUGA